AUGGCAUUCGAAGACGGCACUCCAUUAUACCAUCGGGACGUUGAAAAGCUCGAUCGUCAGGAUGACAACGCAGCUGCAAGCCUGUUUUCAUCAGCAACCUUAGAAUUUCUCAUUGACCAUCAUCCUGAUGAUGUUGGAGAGAUUGUUUGUCUUUUUGUUCAUGGAGAGAUCGUUGACACAUAUCAAAACCGAGCUAUUCCUCACCGGGAACGCAUCAAAAUGGUUCUUCGCGCACGCUACUUCUAUGAUGGCUGGCGUACAUAUCUGGAGAGGGUUGUCUACAAAGAAACUCAAUAUUUCAUGUCGCGCAAGUCAAUUGACAUCACAGCGAGGCUAAUCGAUGGUCUGGUUGGGUUGAUUGUGGUCUAUCGUGACCAUAUAUCUGGUGAUCACCCUCUUCUCCCAUGGCUACACACAAGCGAACCUUGCGAGCACUGUUUUGCUAAUCUCCGCAAGAUCGUCAAGGAUUUUAUGAUGCUGGAUGCCUAUUACACUGUUACGAAGCUUCAUGCUAAACUGCAACAGGAGGUUCUGCGACAACAGUCACCUGACUUUAAAGCUCGUGCCCAAGGGUACACGAUAACAUAUUUUUACGAUCGUGGUGUUAACAUCCCAGAGCUCUCAAAGUAUCCUGAUGAUGUGGACAUUUACGAAGCUUCACUGGAAGCAGCAACGAGUCGCAAUGUCUACUGGUGUUGUGUGGUCUUAGUCCGGCACUCCUCGCCCAAACUCAGCAGACCGUGUUGCCAGGAAUCGAGCAUUUCCACACCAAGCUGGGGGCUGACAAGGAUACGGGGGUGGAUCUCGACUUUGGCAGUGACGAGGAUGGAGAUGUGGAUGAAGGGGAUGAGGCAGAAGAACUCGAGACACUUGUCAGGCUAG